CUGGAGAAAGCCGAUGACCUACUGAAGGAAAUUUCGCUUUUGCUCGAAGCCAUCUUACUGCCAGUUGUGUCGGCUGGCGUGCUGCACUACUUGCGUGGUAGCCUGUUAAGUGAUGAAGUGAUCAGCGAGCCGGAACCUGUGCAUUUCGUUAUACUGGACCAAAUCGCCGCUAAUCAUCAUAAUUUAGCAAUGAAAGUGUUCCGGGUUCUGUGUGAGCUCUAUGACCGGCAAUCGACGAUGAAUGAAGCAGCCGAAGUGAUCAUGGAGAAGCAGCGCAGUGUUGUGGAUCGUUUCGUGCACCUGCUUUCAGUAGGCCUGGCAUUGCCAGUUGUAGAAAAAAUCAACAAAAUGUUCCGUGAUGGGCAAAUUGACAUUUCCCUUAUCAGGUAUUUUGCAGUGGAAGUGCUUGAAAUUGUCGCGCCGCCAUAUUCCGAAGAUUUCGUUAACGUCUUCCUGCCAAUUGUUUCAAAUCCUGAAAUAUUUGAUCAGAACAUCAGUGACAAAAUCCCAGUUGCCAAG